CUUGGUAACAAGUUUCCUACUAAGGACUGCAUGAGUCGUCAAGACUUGAAGUUUAGACACUUGGCAUAACUUGUAAGUAAGUAUUUUAUUUUUGCCGUUCCUUUUACAUAAUGGGUUAUUUUGGCCACCAAACCAACAAAGUCUACAUGACCUCAAGCUUAUUGAAUGAAGCUUACAAGUAACCAAAAAGACUUUUCAUUUCUUUAUGCAAAUUGCUUCUAGCCAAGGUUGCUGAAAUUUCUUUUACUUGUUCAUUCUUGGAAAAAGAUCACCCUGUAACAUCUUCUCCAUUCUCAAGUAAUGAAUUCACUCUUCUUUCUCACCCUCUUCUUGGUUUUCAUAUUCCAAACCUCUGUUAACUGCAAUGAUGAAAUUCACUAUCCAUUUCACAUAAAAGGUCAACAACAAAAAGGGUGUGAUACAACCCUGUCUGGUUUUGAGCUUCUUUUCAAAGACAACAUCACAACCAUCCACUUUCCAUCUUAUGGUGAUUUGAUAGUUAACUCCAUUUCCUAUGACACAAAAAAGAUUGAUCUUCUUGAUCCAAAGAACUGCACUCACAGAGUCUUUCUCAACCUCAACCUCACCCUCACACCUUUCCAAUACUACUACGUUCUUAAAAACUUCACAUACCUCAAUUGCUCCACAAGAGUUUUACAAACAAGUUUCAUUGAGGUUCCAUGUUUAAGUGGUUCAAGUUAUCAUGUUUACACAGUUGACCCUGAAGUGCCUAUGCCCAGUUCAUGUGAAGAAGUCAAAACCGUUGCUAUUCCUUUCAAAUAUAACCCUUAUAUUUCAGACAACAGUCUUGGUCUUAGAUUAACGUGGAACUUGCAUGAAUCUCAAGAAACCAAAGAAGAAAACCAGACAAGAGAUUCCCACACAGCACGCAAUACUGUUGUUGGCAUGAGCAUAUGUGUUUUUGUGAUGGCAACAGUUGUAAGGAUAAAGGUUCAUAUGUCCAGGAGAAAUUUCCAAAAGAAAGAAGGACAGUUAUUGCAUAGCGUGGCAGAUUUGUAGAACACAUUAAUUUGUGAGCCUAGAUUUGGUGUUUUUAAGUUUUCUGUGUAGUAUGUGGUUGGGAAUGGAAAUGUUGUGUAGGAUUCUCUAAUAGUAUAAGAUCAAAUUCUAGGAAUCGUAGAGGAGACCGUUGAAUUGAAUGCUUGUCAUGUGAGCUAUUUCUUUUUUUACCAUUUAUUAUGUCAUGACAAAUACUAUCAAAUGUCUUUUAAAUAAUUUUGAGUA